UUGACGUUUCUAUCCAUUUGACUACAUCCUCAACUCAUCAUCAUCUUAGCACUUUAGCAGCACAGUCCGCAAGCAGAGGGAAUCACGGGUCUUCUCUCGUAUGGAAGAACUUCCAACCUUUUGAGUCUGCCGCUUCCGAAGCACCGGUAGAAAAAACAACGCUUCUAAUCUUCUCCAUCUACUCUCUUACGUCACUGUAAGCACUUUCACUUUUUCUUUGCUCUCUUAAUUGAGUAUACUAUACCCUUUUCUUUCAUACUAAAACCUGAAAAUGCCACUUUUAUCCCCUUCAGCCCCUUUGUGUUUUUCUCAAUGGAACAAUUCCUUAACAACAUUUUCCUGUAAUUCCUUCACCCCUUUUCUACAUAGAACUGUUCCCAUUUGUAAAGCAAGACAUAUAGGCGGUGUUUACUUUAGAACUGAAUCAAAUGUGUUACACAAGUAUGUAUCAAAAUGUAAGGAGAGUGGUCGUGAUUUAUACACCGAAGAAGGCACGACAUCCUUUGACUGGGGCGAUGAAGAAGAAGAAGAAAUUGAUGAAGAUGAAGGGUUGCCUUGGGAAGGUGCUGUUAUAUACAAGAGAAAUGCUUCAAUCUUACAUUUGGAGUAUUGCACUACUUUGGAGAGAUUAGGUCUAGGAAACCUUUCAACUGAUGUUUCCAAAAAUAAGGCUUCUGUUAUGGGAUUGCGAAUUACCAAAGCAGUGAAGGAUUUUCCGAAUGGGACUCCGAUUCAGAUUUCUAUUGAUGUGACCAGGAAGAAGAAGAAAUUGAGGCUUGAUGGGAUCAUAAAAACCGUCCUCACGCUUGUGUGUAAUAGGUGUUGCAUGCCAUCUGCUGAGAGCAUAUUCUCUGAGUUCUCCCUUUUACUCACUGAAGAACCACCUGUUAAUGAACCAGAGACUAUGGAUUUCGGUGUUAUUUUUGGGGAAGACAAAAUUCCAACCCUUGGAAAAAGUGGCGAUGACGAUGAAGAUGCACUAAUCGAUCUGGAUGAUCAAUUAUAUUUUCCUCCUGAAGAGAAACAAAUUGACAUUUCAAAAAACAUAAGAGACAGGGUGCAUCUUGAGAUUACCAUGAAUUCAGUAUGUGAUUCUGGGUGCAAAGGUGUGUGCCUGAAAUGUGGUCAAAACUUUAACACCGGCAAUUGCAGCUGUAGCAAAGAGGAAGUAAAAGAAGAAAGCUUUGGCCCACUUAGAAAUCUAAGAGAGCAGAUGCAAUUGUAACAUGAAUAAGUUCAUGUUUAGGAUUUUCUAGUAAAUCAGGAUGUAUUCUUUUAGUUACAGCUAGGCCUCACAGCUAUCUUUGGAAUUCAUUUGUAUUGAUAAUUGGUAAAACAUUGUCUAAAUAUCUUUUGCUUAGUUUUUUAUAAUCAAAGUCAAACCCAUACGGUACUACAAGGGUGAUUUUUUUGUCCCCAAAAAGGUGAUUUUUUGCGCCAAAA